CUUAUGCUAAAUGGUUACCAGAGCAAAAUUUUACAAAUAAAUUCCCAGGACAUCGAAUACCCAAUUCCUCCAAAUCGUCAAGUAUUUGUAUUAAACCUUCACUGUGAAAACUCUAGCCGAUUAUUGCAAAGAGUAGAUAAACUUAAUUUUUUCCGAGCACCAUUCAGAUGGAUAAUCCAUCAUUCGUACGACACAGAAACAGAAGCUUUGGCGAAAACGUUCUUUUCUGAAAUAAAUAUUUUAGUUGAUAGUGAUGUCACUUUGUGUGAACUCAAAACCAAUGGUACAGUGCGGAUAAAAAAGUUGUAUAAGAACCGUAGUAAUUACAGUAUUAACAUAGAGGAAAUGGGUUACUGGACUAAAAAUGAGGGAUUUUCCGAUAGUGGAUUUGAAAAGGAUACUGCUAGAAGGAGGCAAGAUCUGAAAGGCACUAAACUUAAUACUUGCCUUGUUAUUACUCAAAAAAAUUCUUUAUAUCAUUUAACAGAUAAAAGAGACAAACAUAUUGAUAGCAUAUCCAAGGUGAACUAUGUGCUUGUGGAACACUUAAAAGAUAUAAUAAAUGCCACGUUCAAUUACUCUGUCCAACAAACCUGGGGAUACAAAAACAAGAAAUCAGAAUGGAGUGGUAUGAUUGGAGAACUUACUAGAAACGAAGCAGACAUAGGAGGCACUGCAUUAUUUUUCACAAUCGACAGGAUUAAUAUUAUCGAUUACAUUGCCAUGGCGACGCCUACUAGAUCAAAAUUUGUUUUUAGACAGCCGAAGUUGUCUUACGUCUCUAAUGUUUACACCCUUCCUUUUGACUACCACGUGUGGCUCUCCACAAUAUUCUUAGUGAUUACCGUAGGUAUUUUCUUGUACGUUACUGUCAAAUGGGAAUGGCAGAAAUCAAAACAUGAUAAGAUGGAGGAUACUUCUUAUCCAGAACUUAGGGAUUCCAUAUCCGACGUUGCCGUUUUGUCAUUUGGCGCACUAUGUCAGCAAGGAGCAGCUGCAAUCCCUGCUUGCGUAUCCGGAAGGAUAACGACUAUUAUCAUGUUCAUUUCACUAAUGUUUCUCUACACUUCGUACUCGGCUAACAUAGUUGCGCUUCUGCAAUCUUCUUCUAACAGUAUCAAAACUCUGGAAGACCUUCUACACUCAAGGUUACAGAUUGGAGUGGAUGAUACUGUUUUCAACAGAUUUUAUUUUCCAAAUUCAACAGAACCAACAAGAAGAGCCAUAUACUUGCAAAAGGUAUCUCCACCAGGUAAGAAAGAUAAUUUCAUGCCCAUAGAGGAGGGUGUCAGACGGCUGAGGGAAGGACUCUUUGCUUUUCACAUGGAAACUGGGCCAGGCUAUAAAAUAGUUGCCGAGAUUUUCCAAGAACAUGAAAAGUGUGGGCUACAGGAAAUUCAGUUUUUGCAAGUGACAGAUCCAUGGCUGGCAAUCCAGAAGAAUUCUUCCUACAAGAAGUUGUUAAAGAUAGGUUUACGGAAGAUCCAAGAAAGCGGUCUCCAAUCUCGCGAAGUGGGCCUAAUCUAUACAAAAAAGCCUGUUUGCACGUCUCGGGGAUCGAGCUUCAUCAGCGUGGGCAUAGUAGAUUGUUAUCCUGCCGCUGUGGUUCUAGCAGGAGGAUUGACGGCAGCAGUAACGGUCUUAUUGAUGGAGAUUUACAUACAUUAUCGGAGCAAUUUUCUGAAGAAUAUAAAUCGCCAUUUUUUUCGCAAUAAAAUUCAAGAAAGAAAAACGAUUUCUUAACUUACUUAGAUUAGGUAGACAACUCAA